AUGAAACAGAUCAAUGUGUCCGUCGUGGGUCUUUCCGGGGUCGAGAAGGACAAAGGUCAGCUGGGCGUAGGCAAGUCCUGUCUCUGCAAUCGAUUCGUUCGCCCGAAAACGGACGAUUAUGCCAUCGAUCACAUCUCGGUUCUGAGUCAGUCGGACUUUAGUGGGCGCGUUGUGAACAACGAUCACUUUCUCUACUGGGGAGAGGUGCGCAAAACAUCCGACGAGGGCAUCGAGUACAACUUCAGUGUGGCCGAACAGACCGAGUUCGUUGACGAUGCCACUUUCCAGCCGUUCAAAGUUGGUAAAAUGGAGCCAUACAUCAAGCGGUGCGCCGCGAUUCGGCUCGCCUCACAGGAGAAGCUUAAGUACAUCUGUAAAAACCAGCUCGGCAUCGAACACGAAUACGAGGAGGUGGUGCUACCGGAAGGGCGCUUCCUCGUCGACGGGUUCGUCUGCGUGUUUGACGUAAGCGUCGUACCGAACCGGACGGUCGAGAAGCAGAUCGAGUUCGUGACGCAAAUCAUCGGCAACGUGCUGAAGAACAAGAAGCCGAUCGUGUUGGUGACGACCAAGAACGACGAUGCCAGCGAGCUGUACGUGCGCGAGGCGGAGAAAAUAUGCUCGCGCAAGGAGUAUAAGGGCCAGAUACUGCUGGUCGAAACGUCCGCGCACGAGAGCAUCAAUAUCGACUUGGCAUUCGUCGUACUAGCGCAGAUGAUCGACAAGGCGAAGCAACGCUCAAAGAUCCCGUCAUACGUAGAGGCCGCGCGGCAGCGGACCGAUCUGCUGAACGCCAGCACCGAAUACGUGACACGGCUGAUACGGAACCAGAUCACCGACCAUCGGUCGAUCUGGAGCAGCUCGUCGAAGAAGCUUUCCAAUCACCGUGAAUGGAGCGACUUUCUCGAGUUGUUCGGCCAGGAAGCUGGUCAGCGUAUCUUUCGCCGGCAUUUGAAAAAGCUGCGCGAGGACUACCAAGCGAAAAAACUUCAAAGCUACGUGGAUUCGUUCACUUGCGUGCUGCAGGAGCUGCUGCCCGACAUCAACAGCAUCAACCUGGAACUGGAUAGUUUCGGCGACUGGUCAUCAAUCCGCGGUUACUUCCGCAACCAUAUUGACUACGAGCAGUAUUUUUUCGACGUGGUCGAACGAGGUGGCAGUUGGGCGGAGCUGAGUGACAUGAGUGACGUCGAAGACGAAAACCGGAUACCAUUCGACAUUCUCGACACGCCCGAUGCCGAAACUGUCUUCAAGAACCACAUGAACGCAUUACAGCAAGAGCAGAAACGAUUAGAAUGGAAGAAACAGUUCAAGAAGCUGUUGGAGGAAACUGGCUAUGUGACGCCCGGCAAACAGCUUUCAGAGGUGCGCGUUCUAUUUAUGGGGCGCGAGUGCUUCGAAGCACUGUCUGAGCACGACUGCCAACAAAUCUACGACAACCACCAGCGAGAGCUGAUUGAGACUGCGAAACACAACUUCCAGGAGCUUCUGAUGGAGCAUGCUGAUCUAUUCUACCACUUUAAAAACAUCGAACCGUCUGGCACGAUCACUCAGAACGACAUCAAGGAGAUCACGGACGUUCUGCAGGAGGAUCUACGGUAUAAAAUGCUCGAUCGACUUGACCAGGACCGAAAGUUAAUGUUGUUUCAGCAUCUCGGCUUCGUACACUGUCCAAUCCGCGAGCACUGUCCCGCUUUUCCGAAUUGCGUCGAUGCACUUAUAGAGCGGAUAUUGAUCGCCAACCAAAAUGCGCCGAAUCCGCGAUUCGCCCAAAAGGAUGGGCAGUUGCAGUUAAAUCUGAUCGUGAUCGGGCUCGAUUACAUAGCGGCCGACUUUAUCGACAAAAUACACCAGAACUGCAAUGACAAUGGCGAGUACAUCGUCGAUGGGCAAGUGUACGGCCUGAACAUCGAAACGAUCAAUCGUGAUAACGAUUCAUUCUCGUUCGAACUGCAAUCUAAGGGAUUGUUUUGUUGCUACUCGAACCGCACCACGUUACAGUACGUGUACGAAGUGCUUGACCGACUAUUGGCCGACAGUCUUGACUUCAAGGACAGCGUCAGCAAUCUGCACAUCGUUUUCAUGAGCGAUGAUAAAAACGAGCAAAGCACGCUGCACCAGCUGCAGACAGACGGUCAGUCACUGGCCGAGAAGUUGCACUGUGUAUUCAUCGACGAGAACGAAUUCUUUGUGUCACAGCAGCAAAGCAAGUUCAUCGACACCACACUCAACAGUGUGAUCGACUCGAUACCGUUCGAGGAUCUUCGGUACGGGCUUACGCUGCACGAUCUUCCCGACCUGCGGUUGAUUUUAUGUUUGUUUUGUGGUGAUCCAUUCUCAUUCGAGAACCUACUCAGCUCGCUGAUGCUCGAGCAGUCCUGCAUCAGCGCGGGCGAGCGUAACAUCAUCUUCGAGAUGUUUCUCGGCGACUCAAAGCGACGCGUAGAGCUGAUCCUAUCCUCCUACCACGGCGCCAACGCGUUUCGCGACGAUCUCAUCCACGGCUUCAUUCUGCUUUACUCGAGCAAGCGCAAAGCGUCCCUGUCGACGCUGAGCGCGUUUUCGCUCAACAUCCCCAAUCUGCCGAUGCAGAUUGUGGCGGUUGCCGAGCAAGGAGGCGUGAACGCAUUUUUUAACAACGACCUGUCGCAGCUGCUGAUUACAGAGGGAAACGCAAUCGCCGACAAGUUGCGGGCCCACUUUGCAACCGGGUCGGACGACGAGGGUCUGUUUCGGUUCGCCGCAUUUGCACCGUUCCUUAAAGAGGCAUGGGACAAGAAGCCAGAAAUUGAGCAUGCGUUUAAUAUGGAGGAACCGCUAACUAUCGAUUCGGGUGAGGGCACAAUGGAACACUCCAUGCACCAUCACCACCAUCCACACCAACAGCAGCAAACGCAGCAGGCGCAACAACAGUCCCAGGUUCCGCAACCACCGCCACGCUACGAGAGCUACCUCAUCAAUGGGUCAGCGACGACCUAUCGUAGCGGGCAUCAGCAUGGCCACUCGGUUCACGGCCAGCAGUCCGGCCACCAUGGCCAGCAGCAGAAAAUGUCACAGCAACUUUUCGACAAUCGCUCGAUCAACUCUUUCGACGAUCUCGACAGUCUCAAGCAGCAAGAGCAGCACCAGCAGCUGCACGUCGCACAGCAGUUGCACGGUCAGCAACAGCAGCAGUACAAUAACAUGUACUAUUACGAGGACAGCAGUGAGUUCGACAAGGGUGGCAGCAAUCAAGGCUUCCAGAUCUAUCCACCGCCGACGACGCCUCCGGAGCCGGCUCCUCCCGACCAUCUACUGACACCGUCAUCCAUACUGCGCCAACUGAAGGCAAAUACCGUGUCGCAGUCUCAGUCAAGUUUGGAGGAGAUCAACUCCGACGUCAGUGGAUCCAAGGAUUCGAUCAACACCUACGAUUCAGGCUGGUUAGAUGACGGAUUUCUUAUACCGAAGCAAGAUAACAAGCAAAGUGAGGACUUGUGGAAAAACGUAAAUGCUCACCACGCAUUCACGACUGGGCGCCGCCCUAACCAAUCGUCAUUUGCAAGAAAAGUACGGCCCAAAGGACCGAGCCAAACCCUAAAGCAGCCGGGAAAACUAAACCUGAAAAGUUUCGCCAUCGUCAACGAGGCGAUCGCUCGUAUGAAUGUUGGUGGCGCUGGUGGUGGUGGAUGUGAUAGUGGUGGAGGAUCUGGAGAAGGUCCUGGAGCCGGCACGAUGACAGAAAAAGAAAAAAAGAAAAAGGCAAAAAAAUUGCUGCAACAGCAACAACAGCAGCUCGAGCAUGCUCCGUUAGCCGCGCCGGAGGACGACAGCGAAGAGUACGAGGACGAGGCCGGCUAUGAACAGAUCAAUGACGCGUUCAGUGACGCGGUGAACAAUGUGGCGAGUCAAUUAUUUACGACGUUCUCGGGUGGUGGUGCGAGUCGCGCCUCGGACGGAACGGGCCCGGGUGGUCACGAGUUAACUACCAAUAAAAACAAGCUGCGCCAGCGGCGAGAGAAGGAGCAGAUAUUCAACAUUCCUGAGUAUUCGGACUCGGAGAGCGAUUCCAGCUCGCUGGAGCACAAACGUUCCACGGACGGUUACUCAAAGAUAAAUCGGAAAGCACAAUCACAUAAACGGCACCGCAAAAAGCGCACUGCUAUACCGGUGCAACCACCGAAAAUACCGAUCGGCCCGUUCGGAUCAUCGACAAGUACGGUCGGUGAAGGUACGGCUUGUGGUGGUGGACUGACGCUUGGCACAACUAGCGGUGGCGGUGCUCCACUUGGGACAUCCCUCGUCGGUAUGCCGAUGAUGUACCAGAAGCUAAAGAAUGAGAAAAACAUCGAAAAGCAGGACCAAGAUGAAUCCAGCGUCGACGUUUCUUCCCCACGUGACAACAACUCUCCAAUCUUCGGAGUGUUACCAAAGUCUGGUGAGCGCGAGAAGCUAAUCCCAAAGCACAAGAACUGGUUUGGUAAAGAGAUCGACUCGAGCAGUAAAGCCAGCAGUAAGGAGUCGCGAGAUGCACGUAGCACUACGAAAGCAAAUGCUAAAGGCUCGAAAAAUGCGACAGUAGCGGCCCAACCUUCACUAUCUAGCUUCAAGCAGUCGGACAAGAACCUGGUGCCAUUGUUCGUAGAAAAAUGCGUCAAAUUUAUUGAACAGGAAGGUCUCGAUUCCGAAGGGAUUUAUCGCGUGCCCGGCAACCGAACGCAUGUCGAUUUGCUUUACCAGAAAUUUGAAGAAGAAGUGAACGUCGACAUCGAGAUUUUGGACAUUCCGGUAAACGCCGUUGCUACGGCACUGAAGGAUUUCUUCGCCAAGCGCCUGCCGGCCCUCUUUAGUGCGGAAAUAAUGAGUGAGUUGGAAGAAAUCGCUGGUUCACGACCUUUGCAGUCAAUCACCAGCCUCAACAUGGAGGUGAAAACCGACCGAAGCUGCCGAUUGAUUGCGUUGCGUGGCCUUCUGAAUAAGCUGCCGCCGAGCAACUUCGCGAUACUCAGUUUUAUUUUUCAGCAUUUUGUGAGGGUAUCUGAGAACUCGAAAUUAAACAGUAUGGACAGUAAGAACCUGGCGAUAUGCUGGUGGCCGACGCUGCUGCCGAUUGAGUUCACCGACAUGAUGCGUUUUGAAACGAUGCGCCCUUAUCUGGAAGACAUUGUUCAAACGAUGAUUGAUCAGUUUCCCUUUCUGUUUUGCGGCGAAGAAGCGUUCGUGAUGGUUUGAUGCGCAUAAAGGAUGGCACGGUGGUGGAUGAAAAUGGAGUAGUGAGAUUUACCGUACGCAUAGUGAAGGCGUUUACUGCACGCAUAUUUGGAUUGUUGGAAAACGACGGCACACCGCCCUCCCACCCCACGACUUUGCCUCUUGUCACCAACAUAUUAUACAUAGUAACCACCACAUACAGACGAAAGGAAGAAAUAGAUAAGCAGACAGGAGUUUCUUUUCCAUUUUCAAUGUGACAGGUACAUAUUCUGCUUGCCUAGAAUCUGUGACAAGUUUGUGUAAAAUGAUUUCAUGUGUGCACAGUAUUGACUAUUCAAAUAUUACCCAUAAAAUCUUUGUAUCGUUAUACACUCGAGGAUAGAUGAGAGAUGCAAGGCAAAUUUUCGCAGAGAGCUGACGAAAUGGAGUGACCCCAUCAAUUCAUUUCAUAGACUGUCUCAUCGUUUCAAUUGUAUCACGGCACUUGUUGCGUGCAACUUUUCCAGAGGUGAGAUGAUAUCUGCCAAUAUUGGAGAACGAGUGAAACAGUGAAUAUGUUUUGCCCUUUCUUUGCCAUGGGUAAUACCCACCCAAUAGUAUCUUUUGAUUGAUAAUACGUACAAAGCAGUAUAAUGCUGUACACGACGACUUGGCUUAAGGAACAUUCGCGCAUGAGAAGUGUGAUAAAAUCCUAACUAAAUGCCACAGCUAUUAAGUACCGAUUGCUUUUGGCUUUCUGAAGUGAACGGCCUAUUACUUUUCUUAGGGCGCAAGAACGAACCAUGGAGUAAAAUAUAAAAACAAAAAGCACACACACACACACACACACACCACAAUUCCGAAAAAUCAUUCUACUGAAAAGAAAUAACAAAAAUACAUGUUGGAGUAUUUUUUCUCCCCAAGUAUUUAUUUGUCGUUUGUCUGUUGCCCACAGAUAAGAAAAGUAUAAAGGGAAAGAUGAUAGUAGAAAUACAGGGUGCGUAAUCACGACAGGAGAUAUUUAAAUGUAGGAUAACUCCGCCGUUUUUAGUCGAUUUUAGUAAAUGAACAAGAUUUUUUAAGGGUAUAGAAUGCCGUUUAUUGAUAAUUCACUCAGAAUACAAUGUCGUUCAUAUGACCGCGUCUAUUAAACACAAAAAAAGCGGCCUUUUUGGGCAUUUUUAAUUGUAUUUCACAACAUUUCGGGCGUAGUAGCAGCAAUUUCCGCUGUGAUGUUAGCUUUCAGUUCUGCAAUGCUCUUCGGUUUGCUUGCACAUGUACACCUUACUGUUCAAAUAGCCCCACAGAAAAAAGUCAGAAGAAAUUCGGCAACAAUAAGCACGCACAGUUUUCACAGUUGAACGAUUAUUUUCAAUGUAGAGCGCUACAAUUUCAGCCCGCUUUUGACGUAAAUCGAUCUAUGACUAAAACGGCAUAGGCUUUCAGAAUCUGGCUUUUUUGUCAAAACCGACUGGCAAGUGGCGGAGUAAUUUAACCAUUGAAUAUCUCCUAUCAUGAUUACGCGCCCUGUAUAAAGACAGAAAGGAGAUUAAAUAUUGGAAGGCGUAUUAGGUUGUCGUAUAUUUAAUUACGCAAUAUUUUUGAAAACGUAACAGAGGAUCCGGAAAAGAUAGGAAAAAGCUGCAAAUCUUAUUGCUAUUCGAAUAAUGCCCUGCCACAUAAAAUUAAAAAAAAAAACAAAACAACAAAACAAUGACAACAGCAAGAAAAGAGUUCGUGUUGAUAGUUCCUUCAAGAAGAAGGAAAGCGAGCAGUCGGUAGGUGCUAUGGAAAACUAAAAUAGGUGAAGGUAAAGUAGAUGAGGAAAAUAAGAAAAAACAUGUGUAUUGCGUGUCCGGUGCAGUAGUAGCAAUCGCACACAAGUCCCUUUCGUAUUAUAUGUCUAUUGAUACCGCAGCAGUUAUUAUAUUUUUUUUUGCAUCGGCUUCUUGGUGACUACAUGCAUUUCCAAUCUUUAAAAAAACGAAACUAUUAGAAGCAGUUCCAAUGGAAUCGUGCAAUGCAAAGCAGACCGUGUCCUGUUUUACCUAAUGAAGAAACAUAGUCAAUUGAGCAAUACAAUUUUUCGUGCAGCAUAGCCAAUUACGGAUUGCCAAAAAAGGCUUCCGCGAUGUAGACAAAUGAUUAAACCAUCAUCGCAAUGGUAUCAACCCCAUUAAAAAAAAUUAAAUGCGCCGUCGCAAAAUGACAUGUUUUGGCAAUGAAAAUGAAUGGUUUGGCAAUGGAAAUGUUUUGGCAAUCUAUAAUUGCCCCCGCCCUAAAAAACGAACCGUUACAUAGAGCAUCAGAGAUUAACAUGCUCUCUGGUGCAGGAUAAGACCGCUUAGCGGUUGUUCCCGAAGAAGAAGAAGAAGAAGAAGAAGAAGAAGAUAAUUGGCCAAGCUGCACGAAAAAUGAUAUUGCUUUGACUUUCGAACAAACUACCGAUAAUGCUACCGAUACAAAAAACGACCUGUAAACAAAUAUGUGGUGAUAAAAACGAAACUAUUAAUUAAUGUCUUGUAAUAUAAUUUUAUUCUAGCAUUAUGCUUACGCUUCUGUUAACUCUUAAAACGGAUGUCCAGUGAAAGCUGCAGACGUGUAGAAGCAAGACAUGCGUUCAUUAUUCCAAACUUAAACAAAUAUCGUGGAUUCUUUCGGGUUUGCGUGUAGAAAAACCAGAAAAAAAUACACAAAAACAUGUUGAAAAUGUUUUUUUGUACUUUGCAUUCUUUCAUUUGCGUAAUUCGCGGAACCUUACUGCGGUGGUAAGACAAUGCGUUUCGUGCAUUUUUAUAAAGCGUAAGAUGCACGUUUUUCAUUCGCAUGAUGUUUUAUAAUGGCAUGUUAUGUUUGCCUUUGCCGUGCGGAGAAAAUGCAAUUCUUGUGACUUUUAAAAUACACACACACGCGAGUGAUGAAAACAAUCGGGGAAAGCAGACCGAUCUUGCGCUGUUGCGGCGCGAGACGUCCAGCAUUCAAUGUGUAAAUUAACUAUAUAAUGGCAACAAACAGCUCACAGCGUCAAACGAGAAGUGAAAAAAGAAGGAAAAACCAAUCGCCCUCCGGAGCUAGAUUUCUAAACCUAGAGCAUCACUAAACAUUGGUGUAUAAGUAUAAAACAACAGUUAAACACUGCAGCAAGCAAACACAAGAAAGCACAAACAUAAAUCAUGUAUUGGCUUUUUUAACUAUUUCGCACUGGUAUUCUCUUUCUAUUCAUCGUGCUGUUGACUGUACCUUGUGCGUGUGUAUGCCUCAUUCAAGCGCAAGCAAAGCAGAGAAACGAUUUGAUAAACAAAGUGACUGCACUGCGUACAUGCUAGGUGAAAAAGAAGUCGAAAGAAGGAGCCGUGACUUUGAAUCUUGCUAGAUACCACUAUGCACUACCAUUUUACUCUCUUCCUCGCUUUUUCCAUCCUAUGGACCGUGCGCUGUGUGAUUGGUCAUCAGACGUCUUAGGCAGCCGCGAUCGCGUUGGAAACACCGUUGGAACGUUGAGUCGAAAGAGCCACUGACCGUUUGGAAAGCGAUCGAAUAAAUUAGAUAAGAAACCGAUGUGAUCCGACGGAAGAUGAGAACUAUUUUAAAGCUUAAACAAUACUCAAUUAUAUUUUAAAACACAAUGAAAUGUCCACAAUUGUAUGUGCAGUCUCUGU